AUGACCAUCACCAAGCAGUGCACCGCCAAGCUGGUGCAGGCCUGGGAGACGCAGAUGUUGGGAAGCGCAUCGGAUGUGCCGGCUUCAAACGCAAGCACCAGCGGCAGUGCCAUGGGCACAACACCAGGCAACAACAACAACAAUGACAACUUUGACGACGAUGAUAUGGAGCCAGACGUGCUCACGGAGGCCGAGAUGGCCGCUUGUAUGCAGGAAAUCAUGUCCGGAUCCCUGCCGAACGCCACCGUUGCGGGCUUCCUCGUCGCCCUGAGAAUGUCCCGGCGCAGUCCCCCGAGUGUGUCCAUGCUGGCCGCCUGCGCGGCAUCGCUCCUCGACUUUGCCGUCCCCUGCCGCCCAAACGUGCCGGCCACAUCCAUGACCCCUGCGCUCGUCGACAUCGUCGGCACGGGCGGCGACGGCUGCGACGCCUUCAACGUCUCCACAGCCGCCGGGCUUGUCAUGGCCGCGUGCGGGCUCACCGUCGCCAAGCACGGCAACCGCUCCUCCUCGGGCAAGGUCGGCUCGGCAGACUUUCUCGAAGCCCUCGGCGCAAACAUCCAGCUCUCUGGCAAACAGGUGGAGCAGUGCAUUGAGCGCUGCGGGUACGGCUUCCUCUUCGCCCAGCGCUUCCACCCGGCCAUGAAGCACGUUGCCGCGGUCCGCAAGCAGAUUGGCAUCCGCACCAUCUUCAACCUCCUCGGCCCGCUCUCCAACCCGGCCGGCGCAACGCACAAGGUCAUUGGCGUGAGCGACGUCACCCUGGGCCCCAUCUUCGCCCGCAUCCUGCAGCGUCACGGCACAAAGCACGGCCUCGUUGUGCACUCCGCCGACGGGCUGGACGAGUUCAGCCCCAGCAUGCCCUCCCUCGUUUGGGAGGUGCGCGCAGACCGCGACACCAUCGCCCACUACACCGUGGAGCCGGGCGAGCACUUUGGCUGCGAGCCAUGCAGCCUGGAUGCCGUCUGUGGUGGCUCGCUUGAGGAGCGCGUUGCUGCCUUCCGUCGCGUGCUUGACGGCGACACCACCUCCCCGAUUGCCCGCUUCAUCAUCAUCAACGCCGCUGCGGGCGUGUAUGCUGCAGACGGUGCCGCGUCCCUUCGCAGCGCUGCAGACCACGUGCGCGCCGUGCUCGCGUCCGGUGGUGCGCGCGUGCUCACAGACACAUACGUGGGUAUCACGCGCGAACUCAAACAGCAACAGCAGCAGGUGCAGCAGGGCGGAGAUGGAGAUCAAGGCAAACAGGGCGCAUGCGACACGAGCAGAGGUGUGGGGCCAGAUAACACGCGCACAACAAGCGCUGACGUAUCGCAAACGUCCACGACUACACAUGACGACGACGACGACGACGACGACGAUGACACAUUCGAUGAAACAACGAGCACCAUUGCUGCCCAUGAUCCUGCUGGGGAUGAGAGUGAUGGCGAUGAGAAUGGAGCUGACGCUGCCGGUGAUCAGGGCCCUGGUACCAGUCAGCAACAGCAACGCGUGCGCACGGACCGCGACCACACGUACACAACACAGCACGGCAUCCGCGUCCACCGGUCGUGCACGCGCGUGAACGAUGUGGAGACACACGUGCGCGCGCUCUCGUCCGUGCUCGACACGCACCUUGGUCUGCUCAUGUGCUCGGACUACGAGCAGCCAGGCCGCUACACCAAGUGGGUGACGGGCUUCUCGGACCCGCCCAUCAUGCUGGUCACGCGUGGCCGCACCUUCACCAUCACCGCCCUCAACAAGCGCGGCGAGGUCCUCCUGCCGCCGAUUGCGUCAUGCCUGCGCAAGGAGCGCAUGGCGAUUGCGUCAGUGGAGGCGACCACCGACGUCAUCACGGGCACCGUGCACAAGCCAGGCCGCCGCUUCCCCGAGGAGCAGCGCUCGCGCCAGCCGUCCGCGUUCAGCGUCAUGCGCAGCAUCCUGUCCCUCUUCCACUCCGACGAGGACAACACGCUCGGCCUCUACGGCGCCUUUGGGUACGACCUUGCGUUUCAGUUUGAAGACACGGAGCUUCGGCUGGAGCGCCCACCCAACCAGCGCGACAUGGUCCUUUUCCUGCCAGAUCGCGUUUUGCGCUAUGACGUCACCACGAAGCGCGGCCACGUGUACUCGUACGACUUUGAAUUCAACGGCCAAUCCACUGUUGGGCUGGACCGCUACGGGCCCCGCUUUGCGUACACGGCCAGCACACACCGCCACCAGCACCCACGCAUCCACUCCCGCGGCAGCAACAGCAGCAACAGCAACACCAGCAGCAAGCGAGCCAGCCCUCCAACCCCUCAAACAACCGCCACCAACACCAGCAAUGACACCAGUGAUGCGGAUGCAGCCAUCGUCUGCGAUCACAAACCAGGCGAGUACGCGGCGAAGGUUCGCUUGGCCAAGGAAAAGUUCAAGGUUGGUGAUUUGUUUGAGGCCGUCCUGAGCCAGAGCUUCCACGCGCCGUGCCCGUCCCGUCCAUCGCGCCUGUUCCACCGCCUGCGCCGCCGCAACCCGGCCCCAUAUGCCUUCAUCGUCAGCCUGGGCUCCAAGGAGUACCUCGUGGGCGCAUCACCAGAGAUGUACCGACCAACGUCAACGUCGCGCACGCGUAUUGAAACAUGUCCUAUUUCUGGAACGAUACGACGCGGGAAGGACGCCAUGGAGGACUCGCGAAACAUCGUGACGCUCCUGUCCAGCCCAAAAGAGGAGGCAGAGCUGACAAUGUGCACAGAUGUCGACCGGAACGACAAGUCGCGCAUCUGCGAGGCGGGCUCUGUUCGCCUGCUCGCCCGCCGGCAAAUCGAGCGUUACUCCAAGCUCAUCCACACCGUCGACCACGUGGAGGGUGUGCUGCGGCCCGGCUACGAUGCCCUGGACGCGUUCCUCUGCCACACGUGGGCGGUGACGGUCACGGGCGCUCCAAAGCCGUGGGCAAUGCAGUUUGUGGAGGACACAGAGGCGAGCGCGCGGCGCUGGUAUGCGGGCGCUGUGGGCAUGAUCUACUUCAACGGGGACAUGAACACGGGACUCACGCUCCGCACCAUCCACAUUGAGGACGGCAACGCGUGUGUUCGCGCGGGGGCAACCCUGCUGUGGGACUCUGAUCCCGAUGCAGAGGAGGCAGAGACGCGCCUUAAAGCAUCCGCGUUUCUUGAUGCGCUCCUGCACACACACGCGCAGUCGUCCAGCGCCGCACGCAAGAGGACCAAGAGCAAGGCCGUGCAUGACAACGGCAAUGACGGUCGUGACCGUGAUGGUGAUGAUGAUGAUGGUGAUGGUGAUGAUGAUGAUGCUGUUGCCCAGCCGCAGGAUGUGAUGUUCUCCGAUGAUGAGGGCGACGAUGAUGAAUAUGACGAUGAUGAUGAUGCUGGUCAUGGUGCACUGGCAUUGGGCCGGCGCACGCCAGACCCGUUCACGAGCGGCCGCGGGUUGAAGGUGGUGGUGGUUGACCACGAGGACUCGUUCGUGCACACGCUCAGCAACUACCUGCGACAGACGGGUGCAGAUGUGGUGACGUUCCGUGCCGGGUUUGAUGUCGCCCUGCUCGACUCGGAGCGACCGGACGCUGUGCUGAUGAGCCCUGGGCCUGGCUGCCCAAGCGACUUCAACACGUCCGCCACCAUCACGCAGCUGCUGUGCCGCAACAUCCCCAUCUUCGGCGUGUGCCUUGGCCUGCAGGCGAUGGUGGAGCACUUUGGCGGUGCGCUAGAUGUUCUGCCGGAACCACUGCACGGCAAACCGUCGAGCGUCAGCGUCGUUGUUCCCUCCAGCCGCGUCUUUGACGGCCUGCCAUCCAGCUUUGUUGUUGCGCGGUACCACUCGCUGUACGCGCGACUCGAAAACGUGCCCUCCCCGCUCACCGUCACCGCCAUCAGCGACGAUGGUGUUGUGAUGGCAGUCGAGCACAAGUCGCUGCCGCUGGCUGCCGUUCAGUUCCACCCAGAGUCGAUUCUCACCGGCCGCGACACCGGUGUGCACAUCCUCAACAACGCCCUGCAGUGGUUUGAGGAGCUGAAGAACACCCCGUCUGCACCCAGCACGCCCAGCAGGGCAACCCGCAUCAGCACCAUCUGA